GUUACUCUAACACUAUUCCACUCAAAAAAACAACAGCAAUUGAAUCAAAUCAUUUUCCUGAGAAAGAAAAAAAACUUCCUUAUACCCGUACACCCCUGUUUCAGAUUGUGAUCCACUCCAUCAAGAUCAACCGGUGAAACUCUCGGCAUCAAGAGAAGAAGGCAGUCCUAUCAAAACCCAUGUAAAGGAUAUUGAAGAUUUUCUCUCUUGGUUUUUACAGCAGAUGGCAAAUUUGAAGUUGACUGUUGAGAUUAAUUAUGGUGGCAAGUUUGUGUGGAACCCAAACCUAGAAUAUAUAGGUGGCAACAUAGCAUAUGAAGAUGUUGACCCUGAUUGUCUAAGUUUUUUCGAAAUACAAGGAUUGUGUGAGAAGUAUGGUGCACCCCGUACAAGUACAUAUCAUUACUUAAUUCCUGGAGGUAAUUUAGAGGAAGGCUUAAGAAUGAUAACUAGGGAUGCUGAGGUGCUGUAUAUGUGUGAAAUUCACAUAGCAUGGCCUACAGAUAGGUUGGUAUUAUAUGUGGAAGGUGGUGAACAGCCACUUGCUGUUGAAAAUGAAGUGGAUGAAAAUGAAGAAGUGAAUGUGGGUGGUGAAGGAGAUGAAGUGCUAGAAAUUGAUCAAAAUGAUAAUGUGGACUUUGAUUGGUUGGAGGAAGGGCUAGAAGGGCCAGAUUUUAAUGACGAUGUAUUUGGGGAGACUACAACCCCACAAAGGAGUAAUGCAGCAGCUAUUGAGGCCCCACAGAGCAGUAAUGCUAGGGAAAUUGAUGGUGUGGAUGAAAAUGAUUGGCUUGAACCACCUGUUGAGGAUGACAUGGAAAGUUUGGUAGGGUCUGAUGAUGAUGAACCGGCUGCUGGUUCAAUAGAGAAGGUUUUUAAUGUUCAAACUGGAAUGAAAAAACCUAAGCUGUGUAAGGGAAUGAAGUUUCCUAAUGCUAAGGUGUUUAGGGAGGCAUUGAGGGAAUAUGCUAUACAUAAACCUAUGGAUAUCUGGUUUAAAUUGAAUGAGAAAGAGAAGAUAUCUGUCUAUUGCAAGAACAAGUGUGGGUGGAGGUGUUAUGCAUCUAAAGUUAGUGGGGAGUUGACCUUCCAAAUAAAGACAUGGAUACCUGAGUGCACCUGCCCUAGAACCCUCCAAAACAGCCAAGUAACAUCAGCAUAUAUUGCUAAGAAGUAUAUGCAAGAUUUUAGCAAGAACCCUAAUUGGACUGUAGAGGGUGUGCAACACCAUGUGAAGGAUAAACUUGAGGUUGACAUAAGUGUGAGUCAAGUGUAUAGGUCUAAGAGGAAAGCCAUUGAUUUGAUUACUGGGGAUGAGCAGUUACAAUAUGGGAAGCUAAGAGACUAUGCAGAGAUGAUAAGGUUGAAUGAUGUAGGAAGUAGGGUUAUUUUGCAAACUGAGAUGGAGAAUGAAAAUUCUCAACCAAAAUUUAGGAGGAUGUAUAUAAGGUAUAAUGCACAGAAGGUUGGUUUCUUAGGAGGGUGUAGACCAAUCAUAGGAUUGGAUGGGUGCCACCUAAAAGGAAGAUUUGGUGGGCAAAUACUAGCUGCCACAGCUAGGGAUGGAAAUGAUAAUAUUUUUCCAGUUGCCUUGGCUGUGGUUGAACAAGAGAACAAAGACUCUUGGGUUUGGUUCCUUCAACAGUUUUCAGAUGAUAUUGGAAAUCCAGAGCAACUAAAUUUUGUCUUUAUCAGUGAUAGGCAAAAGGGACUUAUACCUGCAAUUGAGAUGUUAUUUCCAACUGUAGAGCAUAGGUACUGUGUGAAGCAUAUCUACAAUAACUUCAAAGUUAACCACAAGGGGUUGGAGUUGAAGGAUGCAUUAUGGAGAUGUGCUGGAGCCACAACUAUUAAGGAGUUUGAGAAGAGAAUGCAAGAAUUAAAGGAUCUAGACCCUAAGGCUUGGGAGUAUCUUGCUGACAUUAAUCCUGCCCAAUGGUCUAAGUCUCAUUUUACUUGCAGAGCAUUAAGUGAUUGUUUAGCCAACAAUCUUAGUGAAUUAUUCAAUUCCAUGAUUUUGAAGGCUAGGGACAAGCCCAUCUUAGCAAUGUUAGAGUGGAUUAGAGUUAGGCUAAUGACCAAUCUCUAUAAAAAGAGGAAAGGUAUAGAGAAGUAUGUUGGGAAAGUGUGUCCAAAUAUUCAAGACAAGUUAGAGAAGUUGAAACAAGAGAGUAUACCUUUUUGUGCUACUCCAUCUGGUAGGUUCAUGUAUGAAGUUGAUAAUGACCGUGAAAGGCAUGUGGUUAAUUUGACAAAUAGGACAUGCAGCUGUAGGAUAUGGGAUUUAACUGGACUGCCUUGCAAACAUGGCAUUACUGCUAUUUUUAAGAACCUAGAGAAGGUUGAAGAUUAUGUGCAUCCUUGCUACCUAAGGGAAACAUAUCUUCAAACUUACCAGGAGAUUAUUCAACCAAUGCCUGGCCAAUCAGAAUGGGUUCAAACUGGACAUGCUGCUCCUGUUGCCCCUCAUGUUUACAAGCCACCUGGUAGGCCUCCUAAGCUAAGGAAAAAAGCCCCUGAUGAGCCAAGGAACCCAUAUAGGAUAUCUAGAAUGAACAAGACUAUCAAAUGUGGGAAGUGUCAUAAAGAAGGGCACAAUUCAAGAGGUUGCAAAGCUAUCAUUACUGGUGAGACUACAUGGCAGAGGAGACAGAGGCUUCAAAAGGAUAAAGUUGGAAUUAAUUCAGCAAGUAGGACCAAGAAGAAUGUUACUGAGACAAGACCUCAAAUCACAACUCAACCUGCAUCCCAACCUGCAUAUCAACCUUUUGCUAACACCUCUAGAUCUCAGCCUUCAUCCUCACAACCAGCUAACAGAGCUUCAACUCCACAAGCCGCCUCUAGGGCCUAUUGGUACUCUUCAUCUAGUCAACCAAACUUUCAUGUGCCUAGAGAGACAUGGGAUUCUAGACCAUCAUUAUCCCAGCCAAGAAGUGGUGUUGCUGGUGUAGCUAGUGUGGUUGGUGCAUUUGCUGUUGCUAGUGUAGCUAGACAAAUUAAUGGUGGAGGUACUACUAUGGGUACCAGAGGAAAAGACAAUAUAUCAAGUGCUGAAAAAUCCAAGGCAGUAGGUGAUAAGGGCAGAACAUCAAGACCAUCAAAGUUUCAACCGGUUGGUGGGAAGAGCAGUACAUGAUGACCAACAAACUAGAAGGAAGCUAGAUGAGAUGUUUUGUUUUUGUGUGGUCCACAUACCUAGUAUAAUUAGUAGUUUAAAUGGUCAAACAAUGGUUAAGAGAUGUGUUUCUGUUUUGGUUAAGAGAUGUGUUUCUGUCUUUGUCAAACAAUGGUUUUACUUUUGGUUGUAAUCUUGUUAUUAAGGUGGAAAGGUUUUAAU